AUGUCGUCCACCGUUGCAUUGCCGGCCACCAGCAAUUGCAAAGCAGCAACGGUGUACGACAUUCUUCGGGAAUUCAACCUCCCUAUAGGCCUCCUUCCAGAUUGUGCUGUGGAUUGCAAGCUGGAUCGAGGCAAGGGAAAAUUGGAGGUUCAUUUGAAAGGAUCAUGCCAUUUCUCACUGCAGGAGCCGUAUGAAUUGAAAUACAAAUCCACGGUUAGUGGGCACAUCUCAGGGAAUAAACUGACGAAUCUGAAGGGCGUUAGUGUGAAGUUCAUGUUCUUCUGGGUCAACAUUGUGGAGGUGGUGAGAAAUGGCGACGAUCUGCAGUUCUCGGUCGGGAUGACUACAGCGUCGUUUCCUGUGGAUAUUUUCACCGUGUGCCCGCAGGGUGGGUGCGGAGUCGAUUGUAAGGAUGGAAAACUGAGAAAAAUUAAAGCCAAAUCCCUUGUUUCUUCGGCUUGA